AGAGGGAGCAGAGAGAGAGCGAGCGGGAGAGGAGCGAGCUGUGACUUCCACAGCGGCAGCCAGGAGAAAUCACCAGCCAGGAUUUGCUCCUCUCUCUCUCCCUCUCUCUCUGAAUUCAGCUCCUCCCCCGUGUGGUUGUGGCUUUGCCUUCCAUCAAAAGCCUGAUCAGCAACGCCAGUCUUGGGGGGGAAGAAAAAAAAAAAGAGAAAAGAGGGAAAAAAAAAAGAGAGAGGGGAAAAAAAGGAAAAAGUGCAAAAGAAGGAAAAGAAAACAAGGGGGGAAAAAGAGGGGGAAAGAAAGCAAUCUCGUCUGCCCCCCGGCUGCAUCUAAUAACAGCAGACUCUGAAACUUUAUGGAGUUCUCGCUGUGUUUACCCCGCGGCGGGUAAAUCGGCAGCACCCUGCUUACUCGCUCCUGCUCUGUCCUUCCUGCUCUUUCUCCCUCGCACUCAUCAGCAGUCAGCAGCGAUGGAAAAAGUUGCUGGCUGGUACCCAGCCUGGCACGUUGCUCUCCUGUACUGGACAUGGCUUUUCCUCUUCACUUUUGGCUUUACCGGUGCAGAAAUAACUUGCAGAUCCUGCCGUUCCCAGGUGAAGCCGCAGCAGCAACAUCCGCAGCAGGGAUUAUUAAUGCAUUUGAGGACCGACAGAGGAGAAAAGGAGCAGAGGAGGUUCCCCGGGGAGAAGGGAGGUGAGAGAGGGCAAGGGGCCGGGCUGCAGGCGGAGGAUGCCGGGCUGCAAGCGACCCUCGCCCCUGCUCGCGCGGGGACGAAAUUCAGCGGCUGGGAGACCCGGCGAUUGACGAGGGAACCCGAGAAAGUGGCCGGGGAGAGCCGGCCCCGACCGGCGGCGGCGGCUCCUGCCGAGGACCAUCCUCUCCGGGGCCAGGGGUCGCCCCCGGCGGGCGGCCGGCCGGGAUCGGGCCGGCGGCGGCGGGGCCGCAGCCCGCGGGGCACCGCGGGGCCGGGCGGUGCCGCGGGGCGGGAGCCGGGGGACGCCGGCGCCGCCCGCUUCGGGCUGGAGGAGCUGCGGCUGGGCAGCACCACCUUCGCCCUCGCCGGCGACUCGGCGCACAACCAAGCCAUGGUGCACUGGUCGGGGCACAACAGCAGCGUGAUUCUAAUUCUGACAAAGCUGUAUGACUACAACCUGGGAAGUAUCACAGAGAGCUCUCUUUGGAGGUCAACAGAUUAUGGGACAACGUAUGAGAAACUGAAUGAUAAAGUUGGUCUGAAGACUAUUUUGAGCUACUUGUAUGUUUGUCCAACUAACAAACGUAAGAUUAUGCUGCUGACUGAUCCAGAAGUUGAGAGCAGCUUAUUAAUCAGUUCUGAUGAAGGGGCUACCUAUCAAAAAUACCGUCUGAACUUCUACAUCCACAGUCUGCUUUUCCACCCCAAGCAGGAAGAUUGGAUCUUAGCAUACAGCCAAGAUCAGAAGUUAUUCAGUUCGGUGGAGUUUGGCAGAAGAUGGCUGCUGCUUCAUGAGGGAGUUGCACCUAACAGAUUCUACUGGUCUAUGAUGGGGUCCGGUAGAGAGCCAGACCUUGUGCACCUGGAGGCAAAAACAGUGGAUGGUCAUGCCCAAUACAUCACCUGCAAGAUGCAGAACUGCAGUGAAGCCACUCGCAGCAAGCCCUUUCCAGGCUAUAUUGACCAUAACUCCCUGAUUGUCCAGGAUGAUUAUGUCUUUGUUCAGUUGACAUCAGGAGGAAGACCACAUUAUUACGUUUCUUAUAGGAGGAAUGCAUUUGCACAGAUGAAGCUGCCAAAGUACUCCUUGCCCAAGGACAUGCAUGUUAUCAGCACCGAUGAGAAUCAGGUGUUUGCAGCUGUUCAAGAGUGGAACCAGAACGACACGUACAAUCUGUAUAUCUCCGACACCCGAGGGGUGUACUUCACCCUGGCCUUGGAAAAUGUCAAGAGUAGUCAAGGGCUGGAGGGGAAUGUGAUGAUUGACCUCUAUGAGGUAGCAGGGAUAAAAGGAAUGUUCUUGGCUAACAAGAAGAUUGACAACCAAGUGAAAACUUUCAUCACCUACAACAAAGGGAGAGACUGGAGUUUGUUGCAAGCUCCGGACACUGAUCUGAGAGGAAACCCCAUUCACUGUCUCCUACCCUAUUGCUCCCUUCAUCUUCACUUGAAGGUCUCAGAGAAUCCCUAUACCUCAGGAAACAUCGCCAGCCGAGACACUGCCCCCAGUAUUAUUGUAGCUUCAGGUAAUAUAGGCACUGAACUAUCAGACAAUGAUAUCAGCAUGUUUGUUUCUUCUGAUGCUGGGAACACUUGGAGACAGAUCUUUGAGGAAGAGCACAGUGUUCUGUACCUGGAUCAAGGUGGAGUACUGGUUGCCAUGAAACACACAUCUCUGCCUAUCAGACAUCUCUGGUUAAGUUUUGAUGAAGGAAGAUCUUGGAGCAAGUACAGUUUCACAUCCCUCCCACUGUUUGUAGAUGGAGUAUUAGGGGAACCUGGAGAGGAAACUCUCAUCAUGACCGUGUUUGGACAUUUCAGCCACCGCUCAGAGUGGCAGCUGGUGAAAGUAGACUACAAGUCCAUUUUUGAUCGGAGAUGUGCAGAAGAGGACUACAGGCCUUGGCAACUCCACAGCCAGGGAGAAGCUUGCAUCAUGGGAGCAAAACGGAUCUACAGGAAGCGCAAGUCAGAGAAGAAAUGCAUGCAAGGAAAAUAUGCUGGGGCAAUGACCUCGGAGCCAUGCGUGUGCACAGAGGCAGACUUUGACUGUGAUUAUGGAUAUGAACGUCACAGCAACGGGCAGUGUUUACCAGCUUUUUGGUAUAACCCAUCUUCAUUGUCAAAAGACUGUAGCCUUGGACAGAGUUACCUCAACAGCACUGGAUACCGGAAAGUUGUUUCUAAUAACUGCACAGACGGUGUGAGAGAACGGUACACAGCAAAACCACAGCAAUGUCCUGGCAAAGCUCCCCAGGGCCUUCGCAUAAUCACAUCUGAUGGCAAACUGACAGCCGAGCAAGGACACAAUGUCACUUUCCUGGUGCAACUGGAAGAGGGAGACCUCCAGAGAUCCCUCAUUCAGGUGGAUUUUGGAGACGGCAUCGCUGUGUCAUAUGCCAAUCUCAGCUCCACAGAAGAUGGGAUCAAGCACAUUUACCAGAAUGUGGGCAUAUUCCGAGUGACUGUGCUGGUGGAAAACAGCCUGGGAUCUGACAACGCUGUCCUCUACCUGCAUGUAACGUGCCCCUUGGAACAUGUUCACUUAUCUUUACCAUUCGUUACCACAAAGAACAAGGAGGUCAACGCCACGGCAGUACUGUGGCCAAGCCAAGUGGGAACACUUACUUACGUCUGGUGGUUUGGGAACAACACAGAGCCACUGAUCACAUUGGAAGGGAGCAUCACAUUCACAUUUUCUGUGGAAGGGAUGAACACUAUCACCGUUCAGGUCUCAGCAGGAAACACCAUUCUUCAGGACACAAAGACUAUUGCUGUGUAUGAGCAAUUUCAGUCCCUGCGGUUAUCAUUCUCUCCGAACCUGGAUGACUACAAUCCAGAUAUCCCAGAGUGGAGAAGGGACAUCAGUAGAGUAGUCAAGAGAGCUCUGGUGGAGGCAACAGGUAUUUCAAGCAAGCAUAUUCUGGUCGCGGUGCUCCCCGGUCUGCCCACAUCUGCCGAACUCUUCAUUUUACCGUAUCAAGAUGCUGCAGGAGAAAAUAAAAGAGCAGCAGCAGACCUAGAGCAGAUUUCAGAAACACUGAUCCAGAAACUGAACCAAAACCUGGUUCAUUUUGAGUUGAAGCCAGGGGUUCGAAUCCUUGUCCAUGCUGCCCAUUUAACAGCAGCUCCCCUGGUGGACCUCACUCCCAGUCACAGUGGUUCAGCUAUGCUGAUGCUCCUCUCUGUCGUUUUUGUGGGCCUAGCUGUCUUUGUAAUCUACAAGUUCAAAAGGAAGUAUUUCCACAGCUGCUGAGCCCCAGAGCGCAAAAGAAAUCCCUACCUAUGUAAAUGGUUGAAUCGAGGACACCAGUAUAUAUCUGUAUCUAAAAAAAGAGGAGAGCUCACUGCAUUUGAACUUUUUAAUUCUUCAGAUGACAAAGGGUUUUUAGCUUUAAGCCUGUGCAUGUGGACAUUAUACUGAGACCAUACCGGAACUGCAUUGUACAGGUGUUCAAUUUUAGUGGGGGGUGGGGGGGAGAGGAACUGGUACCACUAUUCACUCCUGCGGCCCUUACCCUCACCCCUCCACUCUCUUUUUUCUGAUCUGUCUCUAAUUUGUAGAAAAUUCAUAAUGAUAUAGGCCAAGAAUAUGCAUGGGGGUCUCUUCUUUAGGGAGAGGGGUGGGCUGGGAUGUGGGGGGAGAAGGGCUGGGGGAGGUGGGAGGGGGUGUUUAGGGUUCUUGGCUUUAGAUUUAACUGCUCUUUUAGCACUUUGGGCUGCAGACUUUCAUAGGACACACAAAAAAUCGCACUGGAGUUUAAAGGCACUGAAAAUAUUCUUGGUCAAUCUGAUUUAUGUCUUUGUUUGGACUCUGCCCUUCAUUCCUCUAGUUGCAGCUGCUGCCUGUGCCCCACAGCUGCGAGGAGGCUUUCUUAAACAGCUUUUUUAGCCUACUCACACCAAGACACCCCACUGAUAGCACUGUUGAAAGAUAACUUCCUGCCUUCUGACCUUGGACGGAACAGAACUAGCAUGCGUUACAGGAAGGGAGGUCUGUCCAUACUGCACUUGCAGGAGGCUAUUGCCAGCAUGAACUUACACUGUACUUUGUACCAGCCUUACACCUUCAAUUUUGGCUAAGAGAAAGCCCUAGUAACACCCUCAGCUGCAUUUAGCGCUGAUGUUUGGAUUUUUCUGGGGAAGUCCCAGGAGAUCUCUGCCUUUUGGGAGUCGCCCCAAGGAAUAAUUUUUUUUGAAAGACACCUUUUCUAUAGAAUAGGGAGAAGGGAAAAGUCUACACGCUGCCUUGGCAAACCGCUUUGGCUGCAAAUCUGCAAACUACUACCACUCUGGGCAGAGGAGGGAGAAUAAAGGCGGAUUUGGCCUGAGAUUGUUGCCAGGCAUUUUGAGCCCCAGAACCACAAGACCACUCUUGUACAACAUUUGAUUUCUUACCAGUAACAUAAGCUUGUAUCUUUCACUGCAACUAGAAAUGAGGCUGCAGGACAUGUUCACGUAGACUAUGCAAGGGAACAGCAGGAAAGCAGGCUUAGCAUACUUCAAACAGGUCCUCCCAGGACACUGGAUAUCUGGCUGAAGCCUAACCUAUGGUCAUCACAGCUGUUGUUUUCCAACCCAACUCAGGAAAACCUAGCACCAGGAUUUUGGGUUGAAGUGCAAAGAGAGAAAGACAAUAACCAACAUACACUUAACUAUGUUAGGUGAAGGCGAAUAGAGGGCAGUUCAUAAUCAGUGUAGCACACUUAGGAGGCACCCUGAUUCCUGAUGUGAAUAGAUUUUGUUCAAUAGACAUUGCACCUGAGUUAAAAACAGGAGAAAGCAGCGUUGUUGGCAUUACCCAGAGUCCUGGGGCAGGGGUUUGGUGGUUGUGAUGGGUUUGAAUUUCUCUGUCACAAAAUGGGCAUGGGCCCCAAUCAACCUACUUGCUGGCAAAGAAAAAGAAUGUGAGAACAUUAGACCCAUAGUAUCAAAUGAUAAUCACAGCACAGAGUCCUCUGUGUCUUUCUGUAGUUUUUCUGAAGGCAGGUAGAAACACAGCAGUUUGUAUGGCUUUGCUAUUGUGUUUGCAACUACAGCUUUAAGAAAGAUGGGAAAGUUUUGGCAGCAACUGUAUAAUACUCCCCACUGAAGUCCAACAUUAGCUCACUUAUUUUUAUAGUAAGCCAAUCAAAAAGUUUUCUUAGAGUGUUGGAACUAUUUCUAAUUUUAAAAUUACUUUUUUUGAUGUACUUUUUCAUCUUCUUUUUCCCUUUUGUUAAAUACAAUGUAGCGUAAUGUAUAAUUGCUAUUGUUUAUUGCUUUUACAGUCAUAUUUAUUAAACAGAUUAUGUCUC